GGUGAAGGGAGCGGGGGCGAUUCUGAGAGAGCGACGAGGCGGGUCACGAUCUCCAAGGUUACGGGGAAACAGAAAUCACUGCUGACCAGUGGUAGCCUAUCACGCCCCACUUCAGCCCGAAGUGCUAACAAAAAGGAGGCACAGAGACCUUGUUUGGCCCCAUCACGCAGUUUAAUGAUGACAUCUCAACAGACGGAACAACCUUAUCCCUUUGUAGAUAUUUAUGAUGAAGAUGAAGCUGACAGAGUUUUCCUUAUGUCUAAACCUACCUGCUUCGUCAUCCUUGGAAAACCUGGUGUUGGGAAGAAAACAUUAGCUAGAAAAUUAGCCCAGAUCUGGAAAUGCACAUUAGUAGAUGCUUUAGAGCUUAUAGAUGAGAACAUAACAGCAGAAACAGAAUAUGGACUCAAGAGUAAGGAAUUGCUCUAUCAAGGUCAAAGUAUUCCUGAAGAACUGCUUAUAAAGAUGCUUCUGAAUAAGAUUGAAUCUCCAGAGGUUAUUCACUUUGGUUAUGUUCUUUGUGAUUUUCCUUCUGUCUCCGAGGAGUACAUGAGUAUACCAGAACAGAUAGAGAUGAUUAGAAAUGCAAAAUUAAAACCAGAUUUCCUGAUUAAUAUUAAGUGUCCUGACUAUGAUUUGUGCCAAAGAGUCAGUGGACAAAGACAGCACCCUGAAACAGGGCAAAUAUAUCAAAGGGAAGAGUGGGAUCCUGAUAUUAUUGAAAAGCGGAAGAAAAAGCGGAAAGAACCACGUAAAACUACGGAAGAAGAAGAGGAAGAAGAAGAAGAGGAAGAAGAAGAAGAGACAAGUGAGGCAAUAGCUGAUCAAUUAAUGUUGACAGAAAUUUUGCCAAAUUUAGUACACAGACCAGAAGAUUUUUUAGAAAACAUAGAAGACAGCGUUGCAGUCUAUAAGGAUAUUAUGCUACGUCCUCUAGAGGAAUUAAUGGCUGAGCAGGAUUCCCAGUAUCUUAUUGAAUUAGAUGGAAAUAAGUCUGCAGAAGAACUCCUUGCAACGGUCAUAGCCCGUCUUCAAUCCAUGGGCCUACGAAAUGGAGCUCUUAUAACCAAACUUCAGAGUGCAGAGGAAGAAAUGUUAGAUGGACUAGAGAACGAUGAACUUUUUCGGGUGCUUGCAUCCUACAAGCUUGUAGCACCUAGAUACAGAUGGCGCCGCAGCAGAUGGGGACGAGCAUGUCCUGUGGCUUUAAAAUGCGGGGAAAUUGUCAUGGGAUCAACAGACUAUGCCCUCGGUUUCUUAGGUAAGAUGUAUACAAUUUCAACUGAGGAAGCUAUGAAAGAAUUUAUGCUGAAUCCCCGUCCUUACCUGCUACCACCUAUGCCACUUCCACCUUGUAAAGUACUAGUAUUUGGACCUUCAUUAUCUGGACGUUCAACCUUGUGUGGCUUGGUUGCAAACCAUUAUCAGGGAAAGGUUCUUGAUAUGGAUGUUCUUCUUAAAACACAAUAUGAACAAGCAAGAAUAGAGCUCAUUGAGGAGACUCGCAAUGAAGCAACACAGACAGGCAUUAACAAAGUGAAAGAAAAACUGGAAGUAGAGCGAAUGUUACAGGAGCAAGCUGCUGCAUUUACUCAAGACAUAACUGACAAGGAACAAGAUGACUAUGAAGAAAGUCUUAUUACUGAUGAAAGAAGUUCAGUGCUACCUAGUGUUUCAACCUUUACUAGCCAAAAAGAGAGGGAUGCCAUAAAAGAAGAAGAUGAAAAUGAAGAGAUUGCUUCAUCCCAGACAGCAGAACAAACCGAAUCCUCAGGACAGCCAGGAAUUUUGGAGGUAUCUUCUGAUCAUCCAGAGGUCCAAGAGAUGGUACAGAAAGCUAUAGAAGCUGCAAUGUUAUCUCCAAUACUGUUGCCAUCAGAAAUGUAUGCUGAUGCAUUAGAAGAAGCCAUUGUUGAGCUUUCUAAAACAAACAAGGACAGAUAUCCUGAAGCUGCAGAAAAAGGAGGAUGGGUCGUGGAUAAUUUUCCUCCUUUAACAGAGCACUGGGCGGCUUUGUCAGAAAGAGGACUUCUACCUGAUAUUGUGAUUUGCUUGAAGAAUGCUGAACGAAAUGGAAGGGUGUUAAUAAAUAGACUAUACUUAGCAAGUAAAGAAGAAGUUGAUGCUAAGAUUAUAAAAAGGCUAAUAGAUGAAGCUUUAAAGAAGAAACAGGAGGAAGAAGAAACAAGAAGAGAACUGCAAGAAAUGUUGAGACUGCAAGCUGAAGAAUCUGCUGAAGAUAGAGAAUCCAUGGACUUUUUAGAGCACCCAUCUGCAUCUGAAUCACAGUCCAAAAUACAUUCUGGGGCUGAAUCAGGCCAAAUAGUGCAACCUACUGAUUCUGCUCUAACUAAAGAGAAAGAAAAGUCUGGAGAAUCAGUAGAAACUGAGGGUCAACUUGAUGAAGUACAGAGGUCUAUGGAUUCCAAAGAGCAACCUAAGACAGAAUCAACAGAACACCUUGAAACGGAAGAAAAACCUCAGUCAGAGCAUGAACAACUGAAGAGCAUUGCAUCGGAACUAGGAGUCAAGCUACCAGAAUAUCCUGAGGGUGGUUUCCCAGAUGUACCAGAAAUAGAACCACUUAAAAGCAAGAUUACCCAGUUCAUGCAUAGUUGGCAAAAAAUGGAGGGAGCAGUUGCAGAAUCACCUUUAAUUCAGAUUUCAGAAAUAGAGAUUGAGGGGCAAAGUCCAGAGAUGCUGCUUAACCAGAGUGUUCUAGCUAUGGAACAACCUUUUAAGUAUCAUGGCUGGGAAUUUGGUCCUGAAGAUGAGGAUGAGGAACAAGAAGAUUUGCAUGCUGAAGCAGAGGCAUUGGCAGAGGAAGAGGAAGAGGAAGAGGAAGAAGAUGAGGAAGAAGAGGAGGAGGAAGAUGAAGAAAAAGCUGCUGAGAGGAAGAGACACAUGGGAGAUACAAAGCACUUUUGCCCAGUGGUUCUGAAGGAAAACUUUAUCCUUUACCCAGGACUUAGUGAAAAUGAAGCUAAAUAUCGAGAAAAAACCUAUUAUUUUUCAACUCCAGAAAACAGAGAUAAAUUUUUGGAAAAUCCCGAAGAGUAUGUGUCUCACAAUGAGCCAUUAAAAGCUCCCCCUAUAAGAAUAUUUCUCUUAGGGUCACAUGGAGCAGGUAAAACAGUUUGUGCCCGGUGGUUAGCAGAAAAACUAGGCAUUUUCCACAUUCAGUUUGAAGAGCGCUUACAGGAAUUGGUCAUGAUCAAAACAGGAAAACGAGUUGGACCAGAAGAAGAAGAAGAAGAUGAGGAAGAAGGUGCAAUGCAAGAAAUGGGAGAAUCUACUCACGCUGUUACUGACAGCAUCAUUGAUCUUGAACUUGAGAGUGAAGAUGAAAAUAAGCAGCUUCAAGAGAAAGACAUGUUAACAGAUGAGGAAGAAGCAAUCAAAGCAAACCUAACAGAAAAUGAAGCCUUGCCCAUGGAGGUGCUUGACAAUAUUGUUCUUGACUGGUGGAUGAAGGAACCAUUUCGAUCCACAGGAUUUAUACUGGAUGGGUUUCCCCGAACAGUAGAUGAGGUUCAGUAUUUAGCAGACCAUUUCCUUUGUCCUGAUGUUGCAGUCUCUCUUGAAGUGGACGAAGAGGAUAUUUCUGACCGACUUCUUCCCACACGUGUGCAAAAAUGGCAAGAGAAACAAGCUAGAAAACAGGAGAAGAAGCAGCAGAUGAAAGAAAUGAAGGAAAAAUUAAGAGUAGAGCUGAUUGCCAAAAGAAGGGCAGAGCUUUUUGCAGAGCAAGCAAAAAGGAAAAUGGAGGAUGCAGCUGCUAAACUUGAAGGUGACACUCUUGAUGAAGAAGAUGAAGAUGAAGAGGAUGAUAUUGAAGCUAUUCUUGAAGAAGAGUUUCCAAAAGAAGAAGAUGAGGCAGAAGAUGAGGAAGAGGAGCAGGAGGCUGAUGCUAUUGAGCGCAUGAAAACUGAAAUUGCAGAGAAAUAUGAAGCAGAUGUUGCUAAUGUGCAAUCAGUACAGGAAGAACUUGAAAAAUUAUUGAUACCCCAAAUAACCAUUGGAUCCAAGCGAAAACCUCACAUUGUGUGCUACCAACUGUAUAAAAACCUGAAGGACCUAGUAGAAAAUCGUGAAAGCAUUUUUGAGAAAUGUUAUCCAUUAAGCCUGUCCAUUGCACGUAAGAUGUUGGUUCUCUCCUAUAAACAUCCAAGCAAUUUUGGUCAAUGGGACCCAAUCAAGCUAAGUGAAGGAGAAGCAAUCAAGCCUUUUCAAAAUCCAGAUACUCCCAGCUUUCCAGUUAUCCAUCGAAAUAAUAUUUAUUUCUUUAUAAGCAAAGAAAAUAGAGGAAAAUUUAUAAAAAGUCCCAUCAAGUAUCUCCGUCAGCCUAAGCCUAAGCCAACUGUGCCAGUGAAGAUUGCAGUUGUGGGGCCUCCAAAAUCUGGAAAGACAACAGUUGCCAAAAAAUUUGCAAGUGAAUACGGAUUAAUGCGCCUUUCCAUGGGAGAUGCCAUUCGUAUGGUGCUAAACAAUCAGCCAGAGACUGAAUUAGCGCUUGUAUUGAAGUGGCACCUUCAGAAAGGAAUGAUUGCACCUGAUGAACUUGCCAUGAGGGCUCUAGAUAUUGCUUUGAUGGAUACUGUGUGUAACACCACAGGAUUUGUUCUUGAUGGAUACCCUGUAACAAGAAAACAAGUAGGCCUCUUAGAAGAAAUGAAAAUUAUUCCAGUAAAAAUUUUCGAAUUAGACAUCGAUGUGAAGGAGGUCUUCAGACGAGCACUGCAGGAUAAACAAAGCCCUGACAGAUUCCCUUAUCCAGUACACGACAGCUCUCAUAUUCUUUCUGUCAAGAAUUCAUGUUACAGAACACAAACUGAAGAAAUCAGACCUUACUAUGAGGAGCAGCACCAAAACUGGUAUGUGAUUGAUGCAUCCCACAGCAAAUGGUGGAUCUGGAAUAAAAUACUUGAGGAAACUCAAGUAAUCACUAAACAAAUCCAGAUCUAUCUGGAAAGAAUACGACAAGGAAAGGCAGCCAGUAUCGCCAAUUUGUGUAUCAUGCCACAAGAACUGCUGUCUCGGCUGGGAGAGUUUGGGCAAUAUUGUCCUGUCAAUCUUGCAGAAAAGGGCGAGCUUGUUGAUUGUUCUGUAACUCCUUCUCUGCAGUUUGCAGCAGAGUUUCGAGGACAUUACUACAAAAUGGCUGGACAGGAGGAACUGGAUAAAUUUCUGAAUGCUCCAGAAUUAUAUAUUCCCCCAUUAGCACCUCAUCCUCUUCCUCUCCCACCUAAACUGCCAAAGAAACUGACUGCAGCAGAUGUGAAGGCGUUAUUUCCUAUGCAAGCUGAAAUGCAAGGAUACUGUCCAGUCACUUAUCUAGAUGGGAAGCAAAGGUAUGAAGCACUGAUACCUGGGAGCAUUGAAUAUGCUGUACUUUAUUGCAACAAGCUAUACAUUUUUGAAAGUGAAGAAAAACUUCAGAUGUUUAUGAGAUUGCCAGAAAAAUACUGGAAUCAGACACUUCCACGUAAGCUUCCUCCAAUAAAGGAGCCAAUACUGCUGACAGCUCUUCCGCUGACUGGAUAUCUUGAACAGGGUGUGGCAACAGCUCUAAUAAAAGCAAUGAAUGAAGUAGGUUGUUUAAAACCAAAAUUUCCUUUCCUAAGUGUGAAAAAGACUGCUCUGCUGUUCAUAGCAUAUCAUUUGAAAGCAUACAACCUAAGGAGCUCUGACUAUGUACGAAAUAAGUACAAGAAGAAGUUGGAACGGUUCAUAGAUCAUUGUGAACUUAUCCCAUACCUUGGAACCAAAAUGACCCAGAAAUAUAAAGAGCCUCAAAAUCGACCUAUUGACUUUGAUCACAAGUUACGGACCUUUUUGUCUCUCAAAGAUGUGGAUCCAGUUUAUUAGUCUGGAAUAUAUUCACAUUUGAAUGUUAAAUUCUAAGUAGUGAUUUCUUAUGUGUGGUACCUGCCCUACAAGAGACAAUGGAUUAAGCUAAUGUUUAGGCUUGCGACGCUCUCAUUAACAUGAAUGAGAACUAUAGUUUCAUGCAUUUUAAUGGGACAAUUUGCAAAAUGCAGUUUGCAGAAUUGACACUAAAGCACAGCACAAGUAUUUGUAAGAUUCCCCUCAAUCCUAAACAUCUUUGCUUGAUGGUAACUCACAGCAGGCUCUAUCCAAUGCUGCCACUUAUUCAAGACACAACAGAAUUUUGUCUUCCUCUCCCCUCCAGCCCUCUGUUGAGGGUUGACAUACCCUCCAGAGCAUAUUUUGGGGGGGGCAGGGGGAAGAGAGAAAACUGAAGUUCUGUUGUGUCAGCAGAACUCCACUUGCACAGCACUGGAUACAAUCUUGAUUUCGGUGGACCCUACUUCUAAGUAAAUUUAUUUACAAGUGGGGGACACUCAUAACAUUCUGCAACUAAUGCUACAUAUACUUGACUUACAUAUUUUAAGCUGUCACUGAAAAAUUCAUGUUCAGUCUACAACUAUUCUCUAUUGUUAUUAAUGUAGUUGUUUAAACAUAAUCUGUUUUAUCAUAUAGCCUUUGAGAGAAUGCUUUCAGUUUUCUGUAAUUAGUGAUUUUUAAUCGUGAACUAUUUUUCCUCAGUUGGUGAAGUAUUAACAUCUGCCUAUAUUUACUUGAAAUUAAACAAUAUUCAGCUUAUACUCAUUGCUUUCUGCAUACUGAUUCUAAAAUUAUGAGUAAUUAUUUUAUUUUGCACUUCUCUGUAUAGCAUUCUGCACAAUAUGGUCAUAUUACUUCUGUAUAUCUAAAUUGUUUCAGGAAUGAGGGCCACUUAGCACAUUAUAGAGUAAUAAUGUACACUGUUAGCAUCUGAACCAGCUACAUGCUAUUGUUUCGUGUGCAUGUCUAAGGAAUGCAGCCAAUUGCACUUCCUUGUUGUGUUCAUAUAUGGUGGAACAGACACACAGAUGUUUUGAAUAUGUUCUCAUAGUUGACAGAGUUGUCAGGAGACAUUGCAUCAGCAUGCUUCUCCCUCUUCACACAAUAUUGUGGGAAAUCAGAUAAUGUUUGUUGGAAGAUGUAUCUUAUG